AUCUCUUCGAUCUUCGAUGUUACCCUAAUCUUCUCUACACACAACAGCUGCCAUCAAACGGAAAUUGAACCCCUCUUCUUUACGUCUCCUGCCUAAUCGCUUCAGAAUCGAUCGAUACUCACCCGCAGUGUCUCCUUUUCUCAAUCGACGCCCUCGAAGUCCACCAACCAUUCACAGCUCAAACACCUUCAUGGAUCAGUAUGUGCCGUAUCCCAGCAGCAGAAGGAAAUCGAACCCCUCUUCUUUGCGUCUCCUUCCUAAUCAUUGGAUCAGUGUUUGCUGGUAGGGUUGCUCAUCCAGUGUUAAAAAGCACACAUUUUUACCCUAAUCUCCUCUACACAACAGCCACCAUCAAACCAAAUCUCUACCGUCUCUUUCUUGGCGUCGUUGAUGAAUGUCUCAGUGCCUCCACCGUCUCCACCUGACUCUGGCAACAUCACACACCAGCAGCGCGCCACCAUCUGUCUCCACCAAAGAUGCAAUCGACCCACUGGAAGUCCACCUUUUCCGUCACCGAUGUCCGCCACCCCCGUUGUCUCCCCGCUUCUACCUUCUAAUAAUACGAGUAGCCCUAACCCUAUCCCGCCGCCACAUUCAACCACUAUCUGGUCGUCGUCGCUACAACCUAUUAGCGGGUCACCGUCCACCAUUUCGUUCGAUUCUUAGCAAACCACAACGAUCAGAUGGGAUCAACAAAAGCUGGCUUCUCCUCAAAUUACAACAUCAAACAAUCUCCGCUCCAAUCUUUGUUGGACAGCUUGUUGGUCAACUCGCUAAGUUACAUGGAUGCUAUGUGGUUGGAAGCGCUGGAACAACCCAGAAAGCUGACUAUCAAUUUUUCUACAAAUUAUUUCCUUAUCUACCCAAGAAGUUGCAAGUGCAACCAUGGAUGAACAGCCAGAAGAAAAGAGGUGGUUCUUUAAGGGGGCAGGGAUGGAAAUAUGGAUCAGGGUUUGUGGAUGGAAUAUUUCCAGUGUUGAGUCCUGAUGUACAACAUAUUUUAAACUUCAUGAAAAAGGAAACUGAUGUGAACAGGGUAUGGGAUGCUCUUAGUAGUCUUGUUCCCACUCACACUACAUGGGAUGAUAUCAUCAGUGUUGGUGUUCAAUUUCGUCUAAAUAAUAGAUGGGAUCCAAUCAUAUUAAUAUUGAAAUAAAUGAGUGCUUGGAGAGUCAUGGUGGAUGUUGGCAUGCCAGAGAGCAUAUUUGACUGAUGGAUUCAAGUUCUUCCCCCACUGUGAGGGUUAUUUAUAGUUGAGGACUGUCCAUGUGGUUUUCACUCUAAUAAAGAACUAAGAAUUCAUGGUUGUAAUUGAAACAAAAGCUGAAAAUAGCAUGGCUUAAAGCUCCGAACUUUUUAUUCCAGUCAACAAAGUCAAGGUAGAUAUGGCUGGUGCAGGUGGGCCGAAUAAAGUUUGAAAAUUUUCAACAUUAUGUAAGUUACGAAUUGUAAAAGUUGGGCAAGGUAGAAAUUUCUUACAUUUAUACAUUGUCGGUUGAAGGUCAUAUUUGUGCUAUUUUGGUUUUGGAUUUGAUGGUCAUAUUUCUGACUCUGUUUUCAUUUUGUGUAGGUUAUGUCUUCAUUUAACAAAUCAAAUUACAUAAAUAAGUAGGGUUUUCACUAUUUAUUUUAAUUAAAAUCAUGGUGUUUGAAAUAUUUUCAAAGGUCUGAAUGGAAAAUAGGGUAAAAACAUUUAAUGAGUGAUGGGGUAUUGGAUUUGAUAUAUCUAAUGAUGAUGGCAGAGGAGUGGAGAAACCUAAAGUGAAUUUUAAUGGUUUAUUUGACAUUUUUCAUGACUUUUUUUUGUUAAUUUAUUUAAUUUGGAUUUGAUGUGUUUUUGUAAUCCUUGAAUAUUUGAGGUUCUAAAAGAAAUGCAAUUUAUUUGACUCA